ACGACGACGACGAGGAGGAGGAGCAGGCGACGGAGAGACAGAGGCGGCGGCGGCGGCGGCGGCACCGGCACCACCAUGUCAUCCCCCAGCCCGGGCAAGAGGCGGAUGGACACGGACGUGGUCAAGCUCAUCGAGAGUAAGCACGAAGUCACCAUCCUAGGAGGGCUCAAUGAAUUUGUAGUGAAGUUUUAUGGACCACAAGGAACACCAUAUGAAGGUGGAGUGUGGAAAGUUAGAGUGGAUCUUCCUGAUAAAUACCCUUUCAAAUCUCCAUCUAUAGGAUUCAUGAAUAAAAUUUUCCAUCCCAACAUUGAUGAAGCGUCAGGAACUGUGUGUCUAGAUGUAAUUAAUCAAACUUGGACAGCUCUCUAUGAUCUCACCAAUAUAUUUGAGUCGUUCCUGCCUCAGUUGCUGGCCUAUCCUAACCCUAUAGAUCCUCUAAAUGGCGAUGCUGCAGCAAUGUAUCUCCACCGACCAGAAGAAUACAAACAGAAAAUUAAAGAAUAUAUUCAGAAAUAUGCAACAGAAGAAGCCCUGAAAGAACAGGAAGAGGGCACCGGUGACAGCUCGUCGGAGAGUUCGAUGUCUGACUUUUCGGAAGACGAGGCGCAGGAUAUGGAGUUGUAGUAGAAAAAGCCACCUGCUUUUCAGAAAGACUAUUAUUUCCUAACCAUGAGAAGCAGACUAUAAUAUUCAUAUUUAAACAAAAGCAAUUUUUUUUAUUACUAAACAAGGUUUUUAUGAAUAAUAGCAUUGAUAUAUAUAUAUUAUAUAUCACCCUUUAGAUUUUGAUUUCUUGGUCAUUUCUCAACCAGAGGUGCAUAGCAUAUACCCCCACAUUCCAUUCGGGUAGCAGUACGCAGCCCGAAUGCAUGCGUUCAUAAGACCAUCUUGGCCAAGCCAACCUGUGUGCUACUGAACCGGCCGCCAGACAGCAGCUCUGAUAGGUAGACCAGAGUAUAAAAAAAGAAAAAAAAAGAAAAAGAAAAAAAAAGAUGCCGCUUCCUUUAUUGGUGGUUCCAAAGAGAAACAAACAAACCGACCCUUGGAUGCUACGUCGGAGCAGUGCUUUCUCAAAGUGAAAAGAAAUCGGGGCAAAGGGGAGGGGGAGACUGUUGUAAGAGCACUUAGAGCAAAGAGUAUAAUUCGAAGUGCUGACUCCUUCCCGUUAAUCUGGUGACCCCGUGCUAUACGGAGCACCUGUAACCGUGCAGGGAGCUAUUUUGGAGCAUCGAAGCUUAAAACUAACCAAAUUUAAUUUCUUUUUUCUUUUUUUUUUUUUUACACUUGGAUUUUAAGUACAUUUUUUAUAUGUGGAUUCCUGCCCUUCAAGCUACCGGGCCCUGUAACUGCGGGUGUAUUUGCUUUUGGGACCUUUGAAAGCCUUUUUCUGGACUCGACUCAUUUUCCCAGUCUGGAUUAUGAGCUCUGACAACCCCCCCACCCCCCUUUUCUUUGUUGGGAGAGAGGAAGGGAGAUGACGCGGAUAGUGCUUUAGUUGACUCAGAGCACAUUGCAAGGUCGAACUCCACUUCUUUGCCAGUUCGAGACUGCUACCCUUGACCGAGAGCCGUAAGCUUGCUUGCCGGUGCUUGAACCGUGGUUAGGCACACGUUGCAGAUUGAAUCUUUCUCUACCAGAGAGGGUCUCAUCGUCAAAGGAGAGGCGUUAUGCCGAGCGCGCUAGCUUCAUCCAGGAGGACUGGUCCAUGGGCCAUGAAUACUUCAGCACUCUCAUUUCUUUGUUUCGGAUUUUUUUUCCUUCUGCCAUCUCUGGCAGCCGUUUUAUUGCCAUCUGCUCGUGGGAGGGGGAGUAGAUAUUACAGACCCAACACACACACACACACACACAAUUUAAAAAGAAAAUUAACUAGGGAGGAUAAAGAUAUUUGGUCACUUCAGUGAGGGAAGAGGAGGAGACCAGAGGACUAUUCCGAAGCGGGGAGGUGGGAGGGGACUGCCAAUCUUCUAACACAGUAGAACAAGUUUUGAAGGUGAAUUUCUUCCCCUUCCCCGCCCCCCUUGAUAUCGAGGGAAUCAGACCCUCUCAGAUGCCUACCAGUCAGACUCGGAUUCAGCUAACCACGUCUGGAGGCAGCGUGCCGAGACCCUUCCAGGCCCAAAUGUUGCCUAUUGUAGAUUUUGGGGGUUCAUGAGGGUUUUAGAUAGCCAGAUAUAUUUUUAUCCUGAUGUUGGUUGCAACCAGUAGGACAUCGUUGGGAUUAACCAACUCCGAGACACUUUACCAUUUUUUUUCCAAUGCCCCGCUUUACUCAUUCAAUGGGCUUUCUUUUCUUUAAUUUUUCCAAAAUGCACAUUUAGCUUAGAAGUACUCUAUGCCACAAGGUUUGAGUCAAUGAGGUUGGAAGAUAUCCUAUCUUUUUUUUAAUUCAAAAAGCACAAUCAGUCUCUUUUCCUUUGAAAAAUCUCUAUAAAAUUCAAUUUGCUUUAGCAUGAUUAUUUUCCUAAAUACAGAGACAUACAAAGAAUUUACUUAUUUUAUGUUAAUUACGGGCAUGAAGCAAAAGGUUUUCUUUCUUUUUUUUUUUUAAUAAAAAAGUGCAGUUAUGUAGGGCUGUGGUUAGUUACCGUGCUGAAGUUAUCUAUCUAGCAUUUGUGGCUUGUUGGAAGGGUAGUGUUAACUAUUUAACAUGUAAUGGUGUACUUUAACUCUUAUCUAGCACGUUGUAUUCUCAUUACUUUAGGGGAGGGGAGGGUAUCUGGCUAGCACUGUCUAACUUGCUUACCUGCAGAAUUAGCAGUUUGCUUGUGCUAUAACCUUUACUGUAGGUGCUAUAUUAGGGGUAGGCUUAAAGUGCUGGGUGGUGAUUUCAGUUAAAACAAUAAAAAAUUGUAUUUUUUCAAUAUUGUAUAAACAAUAGUGUUCUAAUUACCUUCUUUAUUUUUUCCAGGUAACCUUUAUGUUUUUAAUCUUUUGUCCCAAACCAGGUUUCUGGUCCUUAACCAGGUUUACUGGGCAUCAAACAAUUGCUCACUUCUUUCUCCCUCCCUAAAAAAGCCUUUGAUUCCCCGUUAAAAAAAAAAAAACAACAACUCUUCCCUCCAUUCUAAAGAUCCAGCUUCAAAGGGAUUUGCCCAUCCGCUCUUAAGCAAGGUGCAUCUGGAGAAAACAAGCAGACCUGAGUGCUGUGUGUAUGUGUGGGUGUGUGGGUGUGUGGUGUGUGUGAGAGGAAAAAAACUUAGGUUUUGCUAUUAGCUUCCAAAGCCUUUUGCUAUUGCUUUGCAGCUCAUAGUGUCCACUCUGCUUGCACAACCUGACCUCCUGUAGCUUCCCUUGGGGUUGGUCUUUGCCCCUUUUCUGACGCUCAGUGGAAGGGGCAGAGGGAAACUAGACCAGCAGGAAAUUGAGAAUUCUAGAGGAAUCCAAAUACCGCCAAAAAGUCAUUAGUGAGUGGCUAUUCCCAUUCUAAAAAGGCCCACUGUCACUGCCUAGUACCUUGUCCUUCCCCCUCACCACCACGCUCACCGGGGCAGCCCCGGGCCCCUCACCACGCUGGAAUCACCUUGCCUGAAAAGUAUCACUGGCAAGCAAGUCCAAACUGCUGUGGGCUAGUUGUAGUUUUGAGGCUUUUUUUCCCCCCUUCUUCCAUUCAGUCAGUAUGUGAAUCCUCAGAAGUGUUCUCUUGAGAUUUUGCAGCGGUCCAAUAUUUUCUGCCCCUCUUCAGAAGACUGAACGAAAAGUUCUGGCCAAGCACCUACAAGCAAGAUACUCUCCAUCCAACAAACAGCAUUUGAUCCGCUGUCUCUUUGCUCUUCAUGGAUUCCCCCGACACCGAAGUCUUGUUAGAGCGCGGUAGCCGACUUGGACUGGGGGAGUGGGAAGGGGAACUGGCUCUUAUGUCAAGAGUUCAUCACCCUUGUCCCUGAGUUUACCUCGCAAGUUUUUACCAGUGAGAUAAUUAUCCGAAGUUGCCAUAUCUCCACAGUACCUAACAUUCUUCUUUCCACUUCAAAGAAGCUGUAGAAAUUGCCAACCGGGUUGAUCUAAACUCUGUGAAGUGCUUCACCUCUCAAAGAAGUUUACAUCUCAAAAGACUCCCUGAAAGCUCCCAAAUGUAUUCUCUUGGGCCCUGGUGUCUGGUUUUUUUCAGGCCUCCCAUUGUCCCAACGAAAAAAUCAUGAAAGAGGAGACACUCUGCUGGGCCCAGCAGGUGAGAUUUCCAGCCCCGUCGGAGGGUGGAACAACUGGGCAUGGAAUUUGAUUGAAAUUGUGUGUGAAACUAAAGCCUCAUCAGUUGUCCCAGGGAAACCAAAAGCCAGGCGGAGAGAAAAGUCACCUACCAUUUCGGCCUGCAAGCCCUGGCCCACCCUUACUUCCCUCCUCCAGCCAAGAUGGACAGACUCAGGAGUUCACUGAUAGUCCACCAUCAUGGGUAACUCACCCAGGAGUCUAGCUGGGAAUGGGGGCUGUGUGUGGGAGGUGGGGAUGAGGGGGUUGUGAGAUGCAGGGGGAUGGGAGGCCAAGGAGUUGCUCGUGUGACUGUUCCACUUUCCCCGUCGUGCUCUCCGGCUUUGGGAAGACUUAAGGCCGGUCAGGGUUCCUAGCCUCCGUUGGACCCUUCUGAACUGAGCUGGCACAUUGGCAGGGCUGUGGGCAAUGGGGGAAAUGGCCACUGUUUACUGACUGUAUUGGUACAUAAUUGUGUGAUACUUGAAGAGAUGAAAGGGGCUGUAAUGCCCUUCAUUGGAGUCUAAGCUUAUUAUUGUUUUUCCUUUUUUCUUUAACUUUCCCUCUAGCCCUUUUUCUUGCAUUGUGAUAAUGUAGUGGGCACAUCUGUCAACAGGACAAAUGCCUCUUCUCUAAGAUUAUAACCUCUCAAAUAGUUGUGUAUAAUGAAAGAACUGUAAACUUUUUUAAAUAAAAUAUGUAUAUACCUUGA